CUUUAUUUGCCGUCACCUGAUGCACCAAUGCUUGUGUGAAAGCCCUGUUUGUUUCUCUCUCGUCGCUGCAUUUAGGCUCCUGGACAAUGGACGUGCCAGCAAACGGCUCAAGUUUUGGGAUUGACUCCCUGCUCUCGCACCGACCUGCCAGUCCGCGUGUUUCCACCGCACGCGCUUUAACGGGAGACUGUCGCUCUCCGGUCUCCAGCCCGCGCUCAGAGCUGGACAGUGACUGCUCUUCUCCACCGUCCCCGAGGAGAGAGUCUGACCCCGGGUCUCCCUUAGUGAUGUCUCAGCCGAGGACAGUGACCUCAUCUUUUUUAAUCCGGGACAUUCUGUCGGACUGCAGGCCGCUCGCCGCGUGCGCGCCCUACACCAACACCGGAGACUCAGCGCGCGAGCCCGAGGACUACACCGACAGACUGCACAGCAACUCAUCAUCAGACAGCGAAUACCGGGCUAAAGAUGAGCCGGAACGGGAGAUCUCCAGCAGCAGAGAGAGCCCGUCCUCCCGGCUGAAGAAGCCCCGGAAAGCGCGCACCGCCUUCACCGACCACCAGCUCGCGCAGCUCGAGCGCAGCUUUGAGCGCCAGAAGUACCUGAGUGUGCAGGACCGCAUGGAGCUCGCGGCUUCUCUCAACCUCACCGACACACAGGUCAAGACCUGGUACCAGAACCGCAGGACAAAGUGGAAGCGACAGACGGCAGUGGGCUUGGAGCUGCUUGCUGAAGCAGGAAACUACUCAGCUCUUCAGAGGAUGUUCCCGUCGCCAUAUUUUUACCCCCAGAGCCUGGUGUCCGGUCUGGACCCGGGAGCGGGACUGUAUUUAUACAGAGGAGGCACCGCGGCGGCACCGCCAGCUCUCCAGAGGCCGCUCGUACCCAGGGUCCUGCUGCAGGGCGGAUCGGAGCCCCAGCUGUCCCCGCACCUGUCCCCGCUGUCUGCCGCCUUACCGAGACCCACACUGCAGCGGUGAACGGCUCAGGAGCCUCGGAGAAGGAGGACAAAGUGAGCCGCGGGCAACAGCUGGGCAACAGCAGGACGCGGAAUGGCGGCGCGCAGAAGAAACGCGUUCUGCGCCUUUCUGAAAAUCAUCCACUGGACAAACUCGCUUGGAAAGUUUGUAUAAAGCUCGAACGGAGGUGAAAUGAAGCGUUCUGAUUGGAUGCUGAAGCCGCGCGCAGUUCCUGGACAGAAAUGCGGCUGUAAUGUCAGAGCUGAUGGACAAACAAAUAAACAAACAAAUAAACAAACCCCCCAAAAAUCAGCUUUCAGUUGUGAUUACCAGAAACUGUCAUCCAAAUAAUUUAACAUAAUAAUAAUAAUAAUAAUAAUAAUAAUAAUAAUAAAGCUAUAGGAACAGGAAUGUGUAAAUAAUAAUAAUAAUAUUUAUACACGCUAUUAUUCCUCAUACUAGUAGUUCUGAGACAUCCUGCUGCCACAUAUUAUUAUUAUUAUUAUCAUCAUCAUCUUUUAAAUUAUUUUCUACCAGGGGCUACCGGAUAUAAAGAUGCCUCCCAAGGCACAAUAUUUCGAAAAUUGUUUGUCACUGUGUCGUGGAUAUCCGUAGUUUAUAAACGGUUUUGUUGACGCCAAUUUUUUUUUUUUUGUAUUAAAAAUAUAAA